CAGUCAGUCAGCGGGUUUUGCGUUCUGUUAUUGUGUUCUUCUGCGGCUUCCGUAGUUCGUUACACACUGAGAGCGCUUUGUGUGCUACAGUGGCGAAAUAUCUCGACAAAUUUAGUUUACAUUGCUUCAGUAUAGAUGUUGUGUGUUCGGCAUGGCUAACGACAGGCUGAGGGCGUUAGAAGAUGUGGAGAAGGAGAUAGCUUUAGUGCUGCAGAGCGCAGGAACGAUCGUGCUGGAGCUUUCUAAAGAAAAGGCCAAUGCCAGUUUAUUAGACCGACAGCUAAACCAGUUCCAGACCUCCAUCAACAGAGUUGAGAGUGAACUGAGUGCACAGAUCCGGUAUCUGACACAGGUGGCAACAGGUCAGCCUCAUGAGGGAUCGACAUACUCGGCCAGAAAGGACUGUCAGAUGGCCCUAAACCGUGCAGAAUAUGCCCGCGUCAAACUGGGAGAGCUGGGACACACCUGCGAGAUGAUGCUUGAUCCGCAGACAUAAAGACUUAUUAAAUGGACUGUUGCAUUGUAAUAUAUGCCAGCUGACUUUAUAAGUAUCUACACGCAUCAAACCUUUCUGAAUACCAUCUACAAGCCAACAACACUUUUUGUUCUUCAUAAUCUAAAUAAAUUUUGUUUGAAAAAAAACUA